GGGACUGCGAGGCCAUCAUUUGCAAGGUUCAUUUUAGAACACCAGAAACAGUACCAGCUCGAAGACAAGCAACUGGGAUACAUUGCGGGAGGAAUGUUUGCCGCCGGUUCUGAUACGACUGCAUCCGCAAUCACAAUCAUGAUGAUGGCCGCUACCAUUUACACAGAUGCACAGACUCAUGUACAAGAGGAACUUGAUGACGUCAUGGGGCGUACACAGUUACCGACAUUUGCUGAUCAGGAAAUGCUGCCGCAAGUUACCGUGUUCAUGCUCGAGAGUCUCAGGUGGAGACCUGUCACUCUUGGAGGCUUUGCGCAUCGCGCGACUAAGGACAUAAUUUGGAAUAACUACCUCAUUCCUGCAGGUGCGACUGUUAUUGGCAACCAUUGGGCUAUCGCAAAUGAUCCCAAGGUCUUCCCAGAACCACACAAAUUUAAUCCU